AUUGAAACCUAACUUGAUCCUCCAAUACGUCCUCCAGUUAACGUUACCCAAUGUAAACACUGCUUGAUACCUAUUAAUCAGUUUAAUUAUCGGAAUUGUAUAAAAAUGGCCGAAGGCGGCUCAUCUGUCAAUCCAGAAUCUUCUUCAUCUGGUAUUACUAAAAUGCUUGUUCCGGAUGUUCUUCCUGUGAAGAACUAUCGUUUGGCACCUGGAUCAUGUGACAGUAUGUUAGUUGAUAACUCGGAUUUCUUCGACCUUAUGGUUGAGAGGCAUACAUCCCAGAAAGCUGGAAAAGUGCGAGGUAAAAGACAUGAUAUUAGUUAUACAGACCUAACUCGGUAUACUCUUGAUGACAUCGGUCCACGUAUGAGGGAGUUUGCAUCUGUAGAUGAAAAGGGCCGUAUAGAAUUUGAUCUCGAAAAAUAUGCAAAGAAGAAAUAUGAACCAGAAAAGAAAGAAUUCCGUAUUCGUCCUAUUCUUAGUGAAGUUCCUCAUCAUAACCUUGUAGAAAGGAGAUAUAGCAGCUGUUUUAAAACCUUUAUGGUAUUUAAAGAUUCUGAAAAUGCGACUACAGAUAAAGCGCAAGAGAGCGAAAGAACUACUAAAUGCGGAUAUGAGAAAACGAAUGAACUUUCGAAUCGAAAGGCAAAAUUAAGAAUGGUGUAUAAAAGAAUGUUUAAGCCCGAAUCUAAGACUAAAGAAGAUGUGGACACUUCUUGCAAAAUCUCAACAGAUAAUCUGAAGCCUGAUGAGAAUUUAGGUUUAAACCUUUUCAGACUUGUUGCUGUUCCUUCAUUGUGUGAAAAAUUGUGUUCACCUAAAUUUGUGGAUGGUGCAUUUGCUGAAGACGAAGAUGAUGUCGACAUUAUUGAGGAAAGGGUUGAGUUUAUAAGUGAAAGAAUACAACUUAAUAUUGCGAAGCAAGCUGUAUGUGCGAACUUUGAUUUAUUUGCUUUUCAUUUGAGACAUGAUUUGGCAAUCAAUUCGAUGAUACCUUCAAUUAUAGAUUUUAUUGCGAGUGAUACUGGCUGUCGGUAUCCUUAUCAAGCCAUACAUUUAAUUUUGGCUCUUCUUGACCAUCCUUAUCGUAAAAUUCAAUUCAAUUUUGAGCCAGGAUCAACUUAUGGAAAAGAGCAAAUGGCUGAAUACUUAAUAAAUUGUUUACAACGUACAUGUAUAUGGAAAGAUUUUGCGCCAAGUAUUUUGGAUUUGUGUACAGAAGCUAUCAUUAGGUUUGCUGAAUUACAUAAGUCUUAUCUUGUUCUUAUUGUAGCAGGAUUUGAUGAGCUUUUAAAUAUGCAUGAGGGCGAAGACGCUUAUCAUAUUUUCAGUAUGAUUCUAAAUAUUAUAACAUCUCUUGGAAUAACAAUGAUUGAAGCCUGUUUACCUGAAUAUUUUGAAAAGAUUCAUGCUGUAGCUGUAAACGAUAUACAUGAUGAUCCAAAAUGUACUUUGUAUUUUCAACUUUUAAGAGCUGUUCAAAUUACAUUUGAAAAUAUUAUUGAAAAUUAUUCAUUUGUAGAAGAAAUAUCUAACGAGAAUAAUUUGUACCUUUUUUAUACUACUUGUUACAAGUUUUUUGGAAAAGAAUUGUGUUUUUGCCUCAGUGGAGAAUAUGAUAAGUUGAAAGAAAGAAAAAGUAAAUUUGAAAAACUCUUAGCUGGAAAGCAUCUUAUAUUUAACACCAAAUAUGGCUAUAUGGACUUGGAGUGUGAAAUGAUGUGUGAAUAUUAUAAACGGAAAUUGAGUCUCGACAGUCAAGUAUCGGAAACAUCUCAAAUCUCAGAAGAGCCUUCAUUUUAUGUAACCCAAAUGAAUCCUGAUUUUAAUCCUGCUGGCAAAAUUUUGUGUAAUUUUUCAACUACACAAUUUGGUUUCAUAUAUGAAGAAGAUAUGUCUGGCUUGUCAAAUAAAAACAUGGAAUAUUUGGCCUUUAUUGAAAACUUUCCUCUGUUUUACUUUGGAGAUAUGUCGACUCCUUGAAACCAAAAUUAACCAAUAAUCUCUUUAAAGUCUGUUAAUGCAUGACUUUUGUUAUAAUUUUCAUCUGAUUACAAAGAUUUGAUAUUGUAUAUAUUUUUUCUUGCAAUUCAUGGUGUUUUAUCUAGUUCAUUUAGUGCAGUUUUAAAUUAUAUUGAUUUUAAUAGUUUUCAUUAAAAUCAUGUAACAUUUACUUAUUUUUUUAAUACAAAAUCAUUGUAUAAGAUGUUCUUAGCUGACUUCAUAAUUUGUAUAUACACCAUUUUUCUCAUCUGAAGAAACUUUUCAAAAAUUCAUCCUUGUAUUUUCGGAUCUUCAUGCAUUUUAUACUAUCUGUUUUUGGCAACUAGUGUGUCAGCCUGGAUUAAUGGUUUCUAAAAAUUUCAAAAAAAUGUUUUGUGUAACUAUGCCAUUAAUGGCUUCCACACAAGAUGUUUUUAUCUUUAAAUUUUUAUACUCAUAUAACAUAGUAUUUUAAAAUUCUUACAGUAAAUUGCUCAUUGUAAUGUACAUUUACCUAAUUUUCUGCCUAUGUCUUCAUACACCCACUUAUAUUAUAAGAAAAGGUACUAUUUAAAAAUAAGGGUGCUUAAAAAAUUUUUCACCAUUGCUUGAUAUUGAAGUAUUGAUACCUUAAUUGUAAUGUAUAACAACAUCUCAAAAAUUUUUUAUUCUACUCAGUAUUGAAAAUUAAGCCUAACGUGUCUUGAUCAUCAACAGUGAUAAAAAAAAAAAAAUAUUCGUAGCAGCAAUGAAAUGUAUUGUAAAAUAUGCUUAAAACAUUUUUAAAAGGAAUUAAAAUUGGAAAUAAAGCUAUACAGAAAAAAAAAUUGGUAUCAUUAAAAAUUAUAUAUUUUUUUUAAUUUGAAAAUGAUGUAAAUUAUUUUAUGCUAUUAUAUUUUCGAAAUUAUCUCGGAAAAAUUGCUAAAUUUCAUUUAAUUUUUAAUAAAAUUUUAAAAAAAACCAUAUUUUUACCCUCCAAAGUAUAUAUGUGUUAAGUUUGAUUGCUUGUGGUCACAAGCAGUCAAGUCUGCAGAGUGCUGACAUUCACUUCUUUAUCUUUGUUAUUAAUAGAGUUUAUCUCAUUAAUUAUUUUCAUUCGUUCUUUGAGACCCUGAUAAAUAUUUUUCUGACACAUGUGGACUUAGGAAAGGGAAUCUUAAGUAUCUUUGAAAGCAAUGCGUAGGUGUUCGGGAUUAUUGUCCCGUCUCUCGUGACAUGGAAAACAGAGGAGUCAGUAAUUCUGUAGAGCGCGUGUUAGAAGUAAUUAAAUAAAUAAGAAGGAUUUGGAUAAAGAAAUAAGAGAAAAUUUUGGAAUGAACUAACAUGGGCCAGUUUAAAAUUUAAAUUAAAUUAAGAGGUAUCUUUAUGUGUGUGUGUGUGUGUGUAAUGAUACUCUAAAUUAAAUCCUAAUUAAUUUCCUAAUUUUUAUCUUAAUUUAACCCAUAUUAACUUAAUUCUAAAAUGUUCUCUCAUUUCCUGACCCAAUUCCACCUUUUUUAUUUAAUUAAUGCUACAGAAGCUCUGUAAAACUGCUGAAAUCGACAAGUUCCCACACUCCGAGUGAAGGAAUAAAAAAUUUUCAAGCAGAGCGAAUUCUUUUAAAAGAUACCUAUAUUCCCCUUACCUAAAUCGAUAUGUGUAAAGAAAACCCUAUUAGAAUCUCAUAGUAUCAAACUACCGGGAAAAAUAUUUCAGUCUCUUUUCACUGUUGUGUCGUGCUGUAGAUGACGUACCUCGUCGCUGCUUGCUUGUACAUGAAUUAUACCUCCCGGGAUGGAAUAAAACGAAGUUUUAAAAUUACAAAAGUGUCUUCUCUCUUCGGCCAUGAAACUGCUUAAAAAAUGUAUGUGUUUACAUUAUAUGUAUAUAUAUAAUAUUGAAAAUCUUAUUGACAAAAAAAAUAAAAAUAAAAAAAAUAGAUAUAUUACUUGGUUUUGUAAAAUUUCCAUUGUGCAACAAUCUCAGAUUUGCCAUUGUAAUAUUCAAUCUAAAACUGCUAUUUCAGUUUUAUGAUGAUAUUAUCAAGCUUAUUUCAUGUAUUCUUUAUUCUAUUUAUUACAAUGAUUUUUUUGUACAAGUUUCAAAUAAACACGUCUCCCAAUAUAGUGAACAUUAGAAAGCAGAAUACUGAUAACAUUUUUAAAUCAUGAUAUCCUACUCUUAAAUGUCAUUUACUGUCUAAAUGACUUUAAUUUCAGAUAUUUUUUUCCAUUGAUAUAUAAUUUGUAGAAAGAAAAUAUUGUUUUCUUUUAUAUUAUUUAAAAAUUUGUAUGCAUUUACAAAGAAGUUAUGGCGAGUUUUUGUACAUGGAAGUGCAUUUCAUGCAGUAUUGUACAUAUUUUUUUGAAACAAAUUUCUAACAGAUUAAUAACAGAAGUUUUGUAUUCAAAUUAAUUAUUUUUUUUAAUUUCAUUUAUUUAUUUUAGAACUUUCUCUAUUUGGAAAAGUGAUUAUAUCUUGAAUGUCGUUACUUUGUAGUAAAAAACGGAAGUUUUUAUUAAAAAAAAACACUUAUUAAAAUAUGAAGUAGGAAAUGUGUUUUAAUAAAAGUUUUUUUCUUUUAUUAAUAUUGAAUUUUUUCCUCUGUGAAUAUUUUUUCUUUCUUUCUUUCUUUUCUGGUUUCCAUCACUGUGAACAACUUGCCAAAGUGCACACUUCUAGACCUUAUGCCACUUAGUUGAAUGUAACAGUCCCGUUCCUAGGGUUCAAAGGUGUGAUUUUCAUAUGUGAUUCGCCAGUUGGGCUGUCUUGGCAUUAAGUUCUUAGGGCCAUUAUCAAAACUUCAACUAUGCGUGAUUAUCUGCAUUGUGACUUAGACAAUAUUGAAUUUUUCUGUAAUUAUUAAUUAAUUUGAACUUACUGAUUAUUUUAGUAAGAUAUAAUUUUAAUUAAAUUAGUUUUUAUAUUCAACAUUACUUUGAUUGGUUUAGUAAAAUUUCAGAAA